UUCCGUCAAGGGUGAACGGUUGGCUCAAGCUUCCGCGUCGUCUAGCCUCUGUAGUCGACGGCGGCUCUUCUAGGGUUUGAUUUUUUAUUUUUCUUUUAUUUUCGAUCUGGUGUUUGGGGCUUUGCUUCAUGAUGAGCUCUCGAUUCUCGAGUAAAGCUAUCGGUGGAAUAAAGCGUUUGGUGAAGAGGAUGAAGUUGUUGAUUUCGAUGGCUGAGAUGAGAUCUCGGGUUUACCCGGCGAAGCUCUCUGUCGUUAGAGCCAGAUGAAGUUCACGAGUUGGUGAGGCAGACUCCAGUGUGCCGUGGUUUUAAUUUCCGGCAGCUCCGACGAAACGAGGUUCCCGGCCGUGUUUGCCGGAGUGGAUGCAGAGCGGUGACGGUCGUUUUGUCGUGGGCGUGACGCGUGGAGCCUGGACGCAGAGGAUAGAAACACGUGGAGUUGUGUCGGUCGCGGUUUUUUGGGUCUCAGUCGUUUGGGCCUUUGGCUUUUAGUGGGUUUUGGUCAGUUUGUGGACUGUGAUCGGGUAUAUGCUUAUAGGCCUUGUUGUAAAGGGUGUAAGUUGUACUUUUGGCCUUGGGUUUUUAUGAAUAUUAAUCUCAAUUUGUGAAAAAAAAAAAAAAAAAAACAUGCAUCGUAGUCUUCUCAUAGUUAUUUUUGACAAAAAGUCUUCCCAUAAUUAUAACUCACAUCAACGUUGGACACGGACACCUAAAUACCUAAUUAUCUUUUUUUUUUGUUUUUAAAUUCGAACACCUAAUUAUCGGAUGCGUUCAAAUCCAUGUCUAUAACAUGAACGUUUAGUUUACGGUCAAAAACAAAACAAAAAAAAAAUAUCGGUGAAGACCAUAUCUUGUUUACAAAAUACAAAAGAAAAAGAAAAGAAACCCCCAGUUAUUUAACUAACCGAUAAAGAGAUUGAAUUUACUGAUUUUUGAAAUAUAUUUAUGUUUUUAAUUCAAUUGUAAAUACUUCCAAAUUUGAAGCUGUAAUCUUCUCGGUAUUUUCGAUCUUUGAAAAUUAACCAAUACAUAUUUUCUCAGUCUUUGGAAGUGUUCUCCUUUUCUCAUAAAUAGUGACAAAUAGUACUAUACCAUAACGAAUUAACAAGUAAAAAAAAAAGUUUUUGUUUAUCAUUUCUAGAAAAAUGGGGAAAUGCUUUGCUUUGAUGAUCUUUCUCUUAUCUUUUCUUCUUCUUCUUGUCCUCCAAAACCUCGAAGUCGUUAACGCCGUCGGGUGUACCGGAAGCUUUUACAACGAUAACAGCACUUACGUUCAGAACCGCGACGAUAUGUUCUCUACUCUUGCUGAUAAAGUAAUUGACAACGAUGGAUUCUACAACGCUUCACUCGGCAACAGUCCCAACCGAGUUUACGCUAUUGUCCUCUGCCAAAGAGGCUACGACCAACAAGAUUGUUUCAACUGUGUCCUAAGUGCGACUAAGGGUAUAAAAAAGGAUUGUCCAAACCGAAUGAAUUCGUACACGUGGGACAAAGACGUUGAAGACAAUGUUUCUUGUCUUGUACGUUCCUCAAUCCAUUCAACUUUUGGGAACCUCGAGCUUGAACCUGCUGUUCUAUACCCAAGUCCAGAUGGUAUCGAUCCAUCUACAAACAUGACUCUUUUCGAACAAGAGUGGGAUGGAAUGGUUAACCUGACUGUUCAGGCUACCACGGAUGCUAAAAAUUCCUCCGUACUUAAGUACCAUGGUGCCAUAGAAGCCGAGUUUACCGAGUUUGAAAAUGUUUACAUGCUGAUGCAGUGCACACCGGACAUAACUUCUCAAGAUUGUAAUAGAUGUUUGAGAGAAUGUGUGACGUUAUUUAAAAACCAGGUCUGGGGAAGACGAGGUGGCGAGGUCAAUCGUCCGAGCUGCUUUUUCAGGUGGGAUUUUUAUACAUUCCAUGGUGCUUUUGGUAAUGUUACUAGACUUCCUGCACCUCCGGCUCAGGAGGGGAGCUCUGCAACAGACAAGAAAGGAAGAAGCCCAAGGUCUUGGGUAACCAUCGCGAUAUUUGUGGUUCUUACUUUUAUUAAUGUUGUUGUAUCUAUCGGUCUCAUAAUGUUCUUUGCUCGGAGGAGAAAAUCAAACAACGGAAUCAAUGUUGAUAGUGAAGAGCACUAUGAGUCUGAUGGUCAACAUAUGCUACGGUUUAAUCUUGGUAUGAUCUUGACAGCAACCAAUAACUUCUCGUCUGAAAAUAAGCUUGGCCAAGGUGGAUUUGGUACUGUCCACAAGGGGAUAUUACCAAACGGGCAAGAGAUAGCGGUAAAGAGAUUAUCAAAAGGUUCAGGACAGGGAGAUACAGAGUUUAAGAAUGAGGUUUCACUCUUGACAAGACUCCAACAUAGGAAUCUCGUUAAGCUUCUUGGUUUCUGUAGUGAAGAAGAAGAAGAGAUUCUUGUCUACGAGCUUGUCCAUAAUUCAAGUCUUGACCACUUUAUCUUCGAUGAAGAGAGGCGUUCGCUUCUUUCAUGGGAGCUGAGAUUCAGAAUUAUAGAAGGCAUUGCUCGAGGUCUUCUUUAUCUUCAUGAAGAUUCUCAGCUGAAGAUUAUUCACCGAGACUUGAAGGCGAGCAACAUCCUGUUAGAUGCUGACAUGAACCCUAAAGUUGCAGAUUUUGGGACCGCAAGGUUGUUCGAAGCUGAAGAGACUCGAGCUGAAACACGAAGAAUAGCUGGAACCCGUGGAUAUAUGGCUCCUGAAUACCUGAACCACGGGAAAAUCUCAGCUAAAUCUGAUGUAUAUAGCUUCGGUGUUAUGCUUCUAGAGAUGAUAAGUGGGGAAAGAAACAAUAGCUUUGAAGGAGAAGGACUUGCAGCUUUUGCAUGGAAGAGAUGGGUUGAAGGAAAGCCUGAGACUGUAAUUGAUCCUUUACUGAUGAAGGAUCCUAUGAACGAGAUCAUGAAGUUGAUCCAGAUUGGUUUAUUGUGUGUUCAAGAGAAUGCAGCAAAGAGACCAACUAUGAGGUUGGUAAUAGUUUGGUUUGGCAGUGAGACUAUCAUCAUUCCUUUACCUAAAGCUCCUGCCAUGAGUGGAAGUCAAUGUCAAUCUGAAGAUAGAACAAUGUCAAUGAGCAAUGACUCCACGGAGUUGAGUUGUCGUUGAGUUAUAAUGGUGAAACAAAUGUUGUUUUAACAAAAAAAGAUUUAAUAGGGAUGCUUUUUUCAUAAAAUUUUUGUCAAGUGAAAUGGGAAUUCUAGGCUAUUCAAAAUUUUAAAUUGCAUCGAAUCAUAUAACGAUUUACUAAGUUUUACAUGUCUGUCUGUGCGGAUGUUUGUUUUACAAUUAUU